CACGCUGAGCUGGCAAAAAAGCCGUUUGUACUGUACCCCUCCCACUCUCCAUAGAUCAACUGAGGAAGAAAGUAAGACGACCGAAGGGAACGACCCACCCAUUGAAACCCCUUCUCUCCAUUGUUCAGAAAUUCAAUUUGCCGUUGCUCUCGAGGACCUAAGAAAUUCACCCACCAAAACCCUACCGGGGGGCGUCCCUGAUUGAAUUUGAUGCAGCCGGUUUGGGAUUCUUCAAUUCCCGCGAUUUCAAAUCUUUAGUUUUGCGCGACUCGGAUUUUUAGAAUUUUCUAGAGUUUUGAUAGGAUGAAGCCGAUGGAGACCAUUCAGGAUCUAAUUGAGGAGGCUAAAUUUCGAACGGUCUGGUGGGCCCUGUGUAUCUUCGCAGUUUCCUACUUCUUAACGCAUACAAGUAAGUCAAUUUGGAUGAAUGUACCCAUAUCAAUUCUGUUUGUUUAUGCACUACGCAUUCUUCUUAAUGAGGUAGAUUUCCAUUGGAAAGUUCGAUCAGUUCAUCUACGAUCAUACUUAUCUCAUUUGGAGAAGAAACAGUUGUCAGCAAAUGAUUCACGCCUUUAUUCUACGCCUGCCCCGCCAAAAUGGAAAAGGAAAAUUGAUUCUCCUAUUGUCGAGGCUGCAAUGAAUGGUUUUAUUGAUAAAAUAUUAAAAGAUUUUGUAGUGGAUAUGUGGUAUUCAGAAAUUACUCCAGACAGGGAGUUCCCAGACCAUAUACAUGCCAUAAUCAUGGAUGCUCUGGGUGAAAUCUCUGGAAGGGUUAAAGAGUUAAACCUUGUUGACUUGCUGACAAGGGAUAUAGUUGACUUAAUAGGGGAUCACUUGGACCUCUUCAGAAGAAACCAAGCUGCUAUAGGUGUUGAAGUUAUGGCAACACUGUCUUCUGAGGAGAGAGACGAGAGAUUGAAACACCAUCUAAGGGCUUCUAAGGAGCUUCAUCCUGCAUUGAUAUCUCCUGAGAGUGAGUACAAGGUUCUUCAACAGCUAAUAGGUGGAGUGCUAGCUGUGGUACUAAGACCACGAGAAGUUCAUUCUCCUUUGAUUCGAUCUAUUGCUCGGGAACUUAUAACUUGCUUGGUUAUGCAACCAGUUAUGAAUUUUGCAACCCCUGGCUACAUCAAUGAAUUGAUCGAAUACCUUUUACUUGCUGCUAAAGAUGACAGCCUUAUUUGGGAAGGUAGUUAUCAGUCAAUCAAUGCAGCAACUCAUACUCACAUUCAUCCUCUCACAGCAGGGGGUUUACGUGAUGAUGAUUCUACCUUGUGGGAAUAUUCAUCCUCUAAUCAAGGGUCUGAUAUGACUUUGACUAGAAUUGACAAUCAAAUGGAAACAUUUUUUAAAUAUAACACAGAAAAUCCUAUGAAUUACCAGUCUGCUGAUUGGGCAGGAAUGCUGGAGGCUGCGACCCAGAGAAUAACUGAAGUUCUUUUACCUGAAAAUCUUGAGAACAUGUGGACAAAAGGAAGAAAUUAUAAAAAGAAAGAGCAGAAGGAUAUUAAAUCAGGUUUUCAAGAUCCUCUAGUAAAGGCUUCUGGAAUAAAUGGUGCCAUAUUUAGUAAAGAUCUGGGAAAGGAAAUGUUAGUCAACAGACACAAAAUGCCUCUAGCAACAAAUGAGAUAGCAAUAGAGAAGGUAAGGCAAGGACUGCAUUUUGAUGAUCUAGUAAGUGAUGAGAGAAAAACUGGGGAAGACUUCUCUCAAGAGCCCAACAGGGAAUUGUAUUUUGAGGGAGGGAAUCUUGUUGAUAAAUUAGAGCAUACUAGUAUUCUUGCAACUGAUGCUAAUAAACAUCGGCUUAAGAGAUCAAAUAGCACUUCUGCUUUGAUAGCCCAACCUGAUACAGAAUCAAAAUUAACUGGAGAAUGUAAAGGGCUCAUUAUUUCAGAGUUCUACGGCCCCAAUUUUGGCAGGCAUAGUGGUAGGAGUGCUUCGGAUAUGGUGCUUCACAGCAAGGCACAACAAGUUCCCAAGCUCAAGUGCCAGGUUAUGGGAGCAUAUUUUGAGAAACUUGGGUCAAAAUCUUUUGCAGUUUAUACAAUUGGGGUGACAGAUGCAGAAAAUAAGACUUGUUUUGUCAAAAGAAGAUACAGGAAUUUCGAGCGAUUGCAUCGACAUCUUAAAGACAUCCCUAAUUAUAUGUUGCAUUUGCCUCCUAAAAGGAUAUUCUCAUCAAACACAGAUGAUACUUUUGUUCAUCAGCGAUGCGUUCAGCUUGAUAAAUAUCUGCAAGAUCUCUUGUCAAUUGCUAAUGUUGCUGAACAGCAUGAAGUGUGGGAUUUUUUGAGUGUUUCCUCAAAGAAUUACGCUUUCGGAAAAGCUUCCUCAGUGAUGAGAACCCUGGCAGUUAAUGUGGAUGAUGCGGUGGAUGACAUUGUACGCCAGUUCAAAGGGGUUUCAGAUGGCUUAAGGCCUAAAGUUGUUGUUCCAUCACCCUCUAACGAAGCCUCUUCUUCAACAUUUGUCCAGAACUUGUCUGGGAAUGCAAAUGUGAUAAAUAGACAUGUAUCAAGUCAUAAUACUGUGGGAACCUCGAAUAGCUCUCAUGAUAAUUAUGAAGGGCACGAGGAUGAAAAUGACGGUCAAGAGGAAGUUAAUCGUGCAAACGCCAAUGGGUGGCAUUCUGACAAUGAACUGAACUCAAAAAGUUUUCCACCUCAGACAAUCGAACAUGCCAAAGAGCCUUUAAACUUCAGUUCUGAGAAGAGACAUGAUUUAGCCGCAAAAUCUGGAACACGCCAGGGUGGAUUUCCAGCAGCAAGUCUCCCAUUAAUCUUGGAUCAUUUGGAGGACCCAGUUGGAAUGCCACAUGAGUGGACUCCGACAAAUUUAAGUGUUCCUCUGUUGAAUCUAGUUGACAAUAUAUUUCAGCUCAAGAGAAGAGGCUGGCUGAGAAGACAGGUCUUUUGGAUAUCGAAACAAGUUUUACAGUUAAUAAUGCAAGAUGCAAUUGAUGACUGGCUCUUGAGGCAGAUUCAUUGGCUGCGGAGAGAUGACAUUAUUGCUCAAGGGAUUCAGUGGGUUCAAGAUGUUCUCUGGCCUGAUGGCACAUUCUUCCGAAGAGUAGGGAACGCUCAGAGUAAUGACAAUGAUUCUGAAGCUAAUAAAAAGCCUUUUCAAGCUACAAAUCAAUUUGGUGGCAGUAAAGCCUCUACCUUGUUGUCUUUUGAACAACAGUUUGAGGCCACUCGCAGAGCAAGCAAUGUCAAGAAAAUGUUAUUUGAUGGAGCUCCAACAGCUUUAGUCAGUUUGAUUGGUCCUACGCGGUACAGGCGUUGUGCGGGGGACAUUUAUUAUUUCACUCAGUCUUCUAUCUGUGUGAAGUACCUUGCACAUUCGAUACUAGAACUAAUACUCAUAUCAGUUUUCCCCGAGCUGCGGAAUCUUGUUCGUGAGGUUCAUGAGAAGAUGAGUAUUCCACAACAUAUAUAGAAUGUUAAUUGAUACAUCUUCUCUAUCCAUAUUUGUGAGUGUAUGGUUAUCGUGUUGGUGUUGAUGAAGCUGAAAGUAUUGAGAUCCUUUCCAAGAUUGGCUAGAUCACACUGGUGGCUUUGCCAUGGCUAUGUAUAAUUCAUUUGUUCUUCCUGAGAAUGUGGAAAGUAGCUUUUAGUCUCUCUUAUUGCAACUGUAUAAAAAAUGUAGAAAAUUAGAGUGUAUAGAAAUCUUCUUCCAUUUUUUCACCAUCUGCCUACCGGAGUUAUUCCCAUCUGACUGGGACUUUGUAUCGUUGCAGACUCGGAGAAACAAAAUCUGUGACGUUCUUUAUUCGUUCACCAUUUUUGUUGAUGUGAUUGUACCAACAAAAUCAUCAAAAUAUAAGAUUUAUAUUUGGGAU